AUGGAGGAACACAUUCGCCAGAGUCUCUCCAACCACCCGCACGCCUUGCAGCAUCUGCAUAGCAGCAGCCCAAACUCAUCGCACCGCACCCCGGACAGAAUGACUCCCCGCUCUUACAAUGAGGGCACAUCGAGCGCCCUCGAGCACGAAUCAACCGUUCAGAACCGCUCCGGUACCCCCGAUGAAGAGGGUCAACUCCCACCUCGAUACACUGCAGAGAGCGAUCCUUUCCAGCUCGCCUCUAAGCUUAAGACCGAGGACGAAAUCCGACAGAUGAAGGCCAAUACUUCGCGGAAGCGGGAUUCCACCACCGACAACACAAGGGUCAUGGAGAUGAUGCAAAAAACGGGUGUGAUGGGCAAGCAGGCACUUGUCACACGCAAGCUGCAGGGCUUUUACGAAAACCAGAAUGAAAACAUCGAGCGCAUGCUGAAGCCCGUGGAGGAGCAUGUGCGUGCCGCCCGUGAAUUGAACAGUGAGAACAGUCUCAAGUACAAAAUUGCCGUGUACGCCAGUUUCGCCGCAAACAUUAUUCUCUGUGGUGUUCAGAUUUACGGUGCCGUCUCCUCCGGAUCCUUGUCACUGUUCACCACCAUGGCUGAUGCCGUCUUCGAUCCCCUCUCCAACCUCACUCUACUACUGUGCAACAAAGCCGUCAACCGAGUCGAUCCUCGAAAGUUCCCUGCUGGAAAGGCCCGUAUUGAGACCGCUGGAAACAUCUGCUUCUGUUGCAUCAUGACUGCUGUUUCGCUCAUCAUCAUCGCCUUCUCCUUCCGCGAGAUUGCCGAGGGUUCCGACACCCUUCGCUCUGCCUUCCACCUGCCCUCUGUCAUCGCCGUCUCUGUUGCCUUCUUCACUAAGCUCGCUCUCUUCCUGUACUGCUUUGCUUUGCGCAACCAGGUUUCGCAGAUUCGUAUUUUGUGGGAGGAUCACCGGAACGACCUGCUCAUCAACGGAGUCGGUGUUAUGACUUCCAUUCUGGGUAGUAAGGUCCGCUGGUGGAUUGAUCCCAUGGGCGCUAUCAUCCUGUCUUUGAUUGUCAGCGGGUUGUGGGUGCACUCCGCCUACGGCGAGUUCCAGCUGCUUAUCGGUGUCACUGCGGACACCAAGAUGCAGCAGCUGAUCACUUAUAUCUCUAUGACCCACUCCCCUAUGAUCACAGCCAUCGACACCGUCCGUGCUUACACCUCCGGUCCUCGUUUGCUCGUCGAGGUCGACAUUGUCAUGGAUGCGGGCGCUACUCUUCGCGCAACCCACGAUGUCGCCGAGGAGCUGCAGAUCAAGCUUGAGUCCUUGCCUGAUGUCGAACGUGCCUACGUCCACGUCGACUACGAGACCACGCACAAGCCGGAGCACUUCCUCAAGAAGGAGCUGUAA